AUGACGGAGCUAUUGGAGGAUAUGGCUCGUUUAGACACCAUGAAAGUCAUUCUAGAGCCAGGGAUACUACUAUCCGAUCAAGGAACGAUACUCAAUCUAGCUUCUAUUCGCGCCAAGGCCAUGUCGACCGCGUACACCCUUCCCGACAUGCUUGCGGAUCUGAAUUCCAUAUGCGAGCCCUUUCUGAGCCGCGGACCCGAGUACGCGGAGUACGGGAAGAAGUUUCUGGAGAGCGCCAACAACGCAAUCGUGGAGGCCGUGCAACGCGCGCAGAUGCUGGCCGCUGGAUACACUCUAGAGCAGCGGCAUCAGCAGCAGCCGCAGCAGCAGCGGCAGCAGCAGCAAGGCACUCAACCGCCGAUAGGUGCAGCCGGGACCAGGCAAGGCGAGAAUGGCUGGCUGGAGCUUGUGGGGGAGGAAGGCGUGGGGGAGAGCGGGGACGUUGCACCCCCGGCAGUGAAUGUCGCGACGAGCAAUGGAGGCCUCUCCGCAUCCAGUGCUCGCAUGGGCCAGAGCAAUCUCACAGGCGCCAGUAGCGGCUCCCGGGGGGGGAUUGGCGGAGGGGGGGCAGGAGGCGGAGUGUCCUCCGGGAAGGGCUCGAAAGGGGGGAGUUUCGGGGAGAGAAAGCCGGACGCGCAGAGGGCGAGGGUGGUCGGGCGGCGGUGUGAGGUGUGCGCGGUGAUCAAGAAGGCUGGGUGUGGCACAGACGCGGCUCAUUUCAGGUGCCUGAAGCGCAAGAAGCCGGAAGCUGUUCCCGAGAUUGAGCAGAACCUGGUUCGGUUGGGAGACGUGGGGGACGAGGAGAGAGUGACGGUCUGGAACCCUGCAGAGGGGAGGAAGCUGAGCGGACAGGCGGCACCUAUGAUGAAGAAUCUGGCGGGAUGGCUGGCGAACCAUCCUGGCUGGGAAGCUCAUCCCAAAGGCGCCGUGGUCCCUAGUAACAAGAAGCUGAAAGAGGCUUCUUCUGAUCGAACUGGAGGCUCGCACGACUCUCUAGGGAGACUCACGGGUCCUUCCAGGAAGGUGCAGGUGACAUGGGGAGAAGGACCAGGGGAGAAUGCGGAAGCGCAACCGGCGGAAGGGGGAGAGGAGAGCAUGGGCGAAAGGGGGAUUCGCGCAGCGCGCUAUUUGGCUCGAGGAGAGGUGAUCGCGACCGUUCGUUUCUCAGCUGCGUUGGUGCAAGCAGAGAGCGACCCCCUUCCGUACCCUGAUGCGCCGUGGACUGUGCACCUGGCAGCCAAGCUGCUGCGGGAAUACAGCAAGGGCAGCGCAGGUAAGGCAUGGCCGUACCUGCGGUGCUUGCCUCGGUGGGCGGGGUUGCCGUGGCUGGGACUGAGCGAGGGCGAGGAGUGGGAGAGGGAGAUUCAGCACGAGGGCACGGUGGGGCGGAUGAGAGCAAUGCUGGAGGAGGCACGGCUGCAGUGGCAGAUGUGCCGCCAGGAGGAGAGCGAGAGGGAGAGGGAGAGGGAGAGUGGGUGGCAGUGGGAGGGCGGUAUAGCGCAUGCGACAUGGCCGGAGUUUGCAUGGGCGCUUACCAUGGUGUUCACGCAUGCGUACUCGCUGCCUCGCGUGGAUGGCACCGACGCACUCAUGCGCAUGUUCCUCCCGGUAGCAGACCUUCUCAACCACGACCCACACAAGGCGAACGUGGACUGGUACUCAGCAGGGCUGCAUGAGGACCGGCUGGAGCUGGUGGCUCUGAACCCCAUAGCGCGCGGCGCACCCCUCGUGGCCGACUAUGGCCAGUACAGCUCCGACCACUUCCUGCUCACCUAUGGCUUCGUGCCGCUUGAAAACGCCGCAGACAGGGUGGACGUGUUUCAGGAUAUGACCCAGGCCGUGACCUGGUACCUCCAGAGGUACUACCAAACGCGCUCAGGCACCAUGCACUCGUUCCCUCCAACGGACGACGAGUUUCAGGAGUAUGUUCAGGUGGCUUUGGAAGGAGCAGAGGUGGAACGCAGCAGAGUAACCCCAGAGGGCGGAAGCAGCACGCACGGGGACGGGAAAGCAGACGAGGACGGGGAGGGGGACGAGGGGGUGGACGACCCCACAGGGGCAGCAGCCCAUGACAUGCCUCUGUAUGUGUACCGGGAUGCACGGGUGGACGCGAGGCUUCUAGGGGCGUUUGCAGCGGUGCAGCGAUGGCUGGAAGGGGUGGAUUGGGAGGAUAGUGAGGAGGAGUGGGUGAUGGAUGUGGAUAAUGCUCUUGUUGCUGUGGGCAGAAGGUGUCGAGAGCUCCUUGACGCCUUCCCCACGUCUCUUGCGCGGGACCGAGGGGUGCUGUGGCAGCAUCUGCGGUGCUCCCAGCAGCAGGGGAAGAGGCGCGGGGAAGGGGGAGAGAGGGCGAGUGGGGACGAGGCAGGUGUGCAAGAGAAGGAAGCGGGGUCUGGGGAUGUGGUGGGUGGUUCCCCCUCCUGUUCCUCUGGCCAUUCCUCCUGCUCUUCCGCCUCCCACUGUGCCUCAUCUAUGUCAUGCCCUGCCGAAGGUGUAGCGGAGUGGGGUGAGUGUGCCUCCCGACUUUCGUCCCCUGUACAAGCUACGGCGGUGCGGUUUAGAAUAGUUGUUAAGGAGAUGCUUGAAGCCGUGGCUGAUUCUGCACCCAAAGCCUUUGAGGAGAGACAAAGAGUGAGACCUGCGCAAACUGAGGAGGAGGGCAUUGCAGAGGCUUGA